ACUCGCUCGCCGCUGUCACGUCUUCACUUGCAAGGUGAGGGCAACUCGCAACGUCACGUUUUAUUUGGGGGAUUUCACGUGACGUCAUUCAACUGCAGACGGCGAGCUGACGUCAACAUGUCUGGAUUAGACACGCCCCCGCCGACGGACGCCUGGAACAGAGACGGAGACCCGCCGGGGUGCGACACGUUGGAAAGACGAUGGCGGCUCUGGCACGGCUUCAUGGAGGAACACGCCCACUUGGACGCUUGGCUGCGAUCGGCCGAGCGGGCCGUGGCCUCCCGCGAUUGGACACGGGUGACCUUCGUGGAUGACGUCAGGAGGUUUCAGAGGCUACGUUGCGAGGCGGCUUCACGUCUGGUUCAGCUGGACGCGCUGAACCAGAGGACGCGGACCCUGACGCCGCUGUUCCGGGGCGUCAUGCGGUCCCGCCUCCAGGCAGCCGCCCGGGACUGCCGACUCCGAUGGGAGCGCCUCAACGUCCAACUGGAGUCCGUCGGCGGGAAACUCGAGGGUUCACUCUACGAGUGGGAGGAGUUUAAGGAGGAGACGGAGGAGCUGGCCAUCUGGUUGGCUGAAAUGGAAGCCGAUCUCACCGAAGUCCUACACGCCUCGGGGAGCACGUGCAACAAACUCCGACAGCUGCAGUGGUUCCAGCAGAGCAUGUGCGUCAACUCGUCUCGCAUGAACGACGUGCUGGAGCGCGGCGAGGCCCUCAUCCAACGCGCCGGCGAAGCCUGCCACGCAGACCGCGUGGAGCGCCGCCUGCUGGAGCUCCUGCGCCAAUGCGCUCAUGUCUACGGCGACAUCGGUCGAGCGCGCACAAGAUUCCUCAGCAUGCGACUGGUUUUUGAGGAUGACUUCCUGCUAACUCCACGUACGGAUUCCGGCUGCCCCUCCGAGACUUUGUUCGAGGAGGACCGUGAACUCCCGCUGGACCCUAAAGAAAGCCGCCACCACCGUCACCAUCAUCGUCCUCCUUCGCCGUCCAAUGAGCAUUUGGGUCUGGAGUGGGACCCCUCGGUGGACGUCGGACGUGACUUAUCCUACUGCGCUGGUGCAGGAGAGAGGCGGAGCUACCCCGCUUCCCUGUGCUCCGACGUCAUCGGGGAGCGCGACCCCGUGGCGGUGAGUCACGCCGGCGGGAGGGGCGAGCGUCCCGCGGCCACGCCACCCGAAGUCUUCUCAGACGCCCUAUCGCCCGCCGAGUCGGACGUCCGGAGCCGUAGUCCCGCCGUUCCUUCCCGUCGUCGAGCCGCGCAGACGGACGCUCAGUGUUUGGCGGCCGGCGAUCUCGCAGACCUCGCGGUUCACGUCCCGAGUUGCCGCGGCGAUGAGCGCGCCGAUCCCGCGGCUAGUCAACUCAACCUCAAGUCCUCCGAGAAGCGACGUCCGACUCAAGACAACAGAACACGAAAGGACAAGAAAGAAAUCUAUGAUAAAGCGUGUCAAAGACGCUGCCUGGCGCCGGUGCGCAUGGCCUUCAAGAGCGUCCUGCUGGUCGCCGCGCUAUCUCUGCUGGCUUGUCUUCUCUGGAGUUUCCCGGAGCCGCUGUACCAUCACGGUGCUACCAUCAACUUGCACCUGAGCUACGUCAACGGACCCCCGCCCACCUGAUGUUGUCUCCGCCU